CAUUGGUCUCCGUAACGACAUCGACGACUACAUCAACCGAGAACUGACAUAUCUAGAGCUUCAUAGUCAUGACGACCUCGACUACGGGCGGCUGGACACAGCUACGAGCCCAAGCACGAAAUCUUGAAUCGCAAACAGACUCGCUCUUCCACAGUUUCUCGCAAUAUGCAAAUCUGAAUACACUGUCACCGAAACCAUCAGAAGAAGAGAUAAGGCUAGAAAAUCAAAUCAAUGACCUCCUUUCAAAGCGCGAACAACUCGUCUCGCAGCUGUCUCGCCUCCUUGAUUCCGAAUCCGCUCUCACACAGUCUGCCUUGAAACAAUCUAAUCUCGCCCGGCACAGGGAGAUACUGUCCCAGCAUAAAGACGAGUAUCUGCGAAUAAAAUCUCAAAUCUCAGCCAAGAGGCAGCAAUCGAAUCUUCUGAGCAACGUACGUGACGACAUCGAGGCGUACCACCGCUCCCAGAAUCCAGCAGACGCCGAAGCAGAGUACAUGCUCGGUGAGCGAGCACGGAUAGAGCGGAGUCAUGGAGUUGCAGAUACUGUGCUAGCGCAGGCCUACGCUAUCAAUGACCAGUUCAGUGCGCAGAGGGAGACACUAGCAAGUAUCAACCGAAGGAUAGUUGGAGCUGCCAGCCAGAUGCCGGGCAUCAACACAUUGAUGAGCAGAAUAUCAAGCAAGAAGAGAAGAGAUGGCAUCAUUAUGGCUUCUUUCAUUGCAUUCUGCUUCCUGAUGCUGCUUUGGUUCAGGUAAGCACAGAAUGGAUGAGAACAAUAUCGUCGCCCUUUGUAACGUUCGCAUGGGUUUGGUGUUUAAGCAAUUCCCAGAGAUAUCCCACCGCAAAGUCCGAGUUGAAUUUAUUUGAUCUGUGCAGUUUCUUAUCCUAUAACCUAUCUGCAUCUGGAAAAACCUGUUUAUUGGUAUAUAAGCCCCAGAUUCAAACACAUGCAUCAAUACCCAGUUGACUGGAUAACGAAUUGCUCAUCAACUCCCAAACGCCUAUGCUAAUACAUAGGAAACCAUGCAGAGUGUAGAUAUGUCCUCUGCGCCGUAGCUGUCGAAAAGGUUCAACCGAGACUGUUCUUAAGGGUAUCUUGACUGCUGUGUACGAGAUCCAAGUGACAGGCGGUUGAGCACAGAUAUCUACCACUGGUCUAGACUAGUAAAAUUGUGAAUAAAAGGUAUUUGGCAUCAAUUCUACCCAUCUCAAGCUCGUUGACAGCAGCUGGACUGCAAAACGGAACGUCCAUUACGGGCUUGACAUGAAGAUCAAGGUCCAUCCUAAAUCGAGAUUGGCAUUAUGAAAGUCGUUUAUUCAUGGAGCUUUGCUUUGACUGGGGGUGCACAAUAUCCCGUGGGCUGCUAUCGACUCGAUGUUCACGCUGGGGAGAUGAGUAAUUGAAAUGUGUUCCGAUCGACAUAUUCGUUCCAAAGUUUUC